AUGCCUUCUUCUCUCCUCCUCGCACUUGCUUUUUCCAGCCUCGCGCUCGCUUUUCCCCAAAACAAAGUCCAAGAACCACUCCAAUGCACCGACGGCGGCCAACUCCACUGCUGCGAAGCAACUUUCACCGGCGCAGCACUCCCCGUCGCUCUCGCCGCUGAUUUGCUCUGCUACGAUUUGACUCCAGCAGUCGUCAACUGCAUUAUCACCGAAGCCCCCUCCGACCCGGACACAGGCUGCUACGGCACCCCCCUCUGCUGCCAAGUCAACGCCUUAUCCCCCGCUUUGGGCCUCUUCUGCUCCAAACCUCCCGGAAACUGCGUCGGAAAAGAAUCCGAUGGAAGGUGUUUGGAGACUUUGACUGAUAGGUUUGGGAAUUGUACGGAGAGUGAUAUCAAUCGUCAGCGAGGAGAUCUUGGGUUGGGUGUUGUUGGGGAUAUUGGAGAGGAGGUUGCUGGUGGGCCGGUGGGAGGAGUGGUGAAGGGUGUUACCGGGCCGGUUUUGGGUGGUGUGGGAGAUGCGACGAAGCCUGUGGGGAGUGUGGUUGAUGGGGUUGUGGGGAGUCUGAGGGAUGGGGGGAGGCGGAAUAAGGGGAACUGA